UACAAAUCGGCCAUCACAUCAUCUUCAGUCUUACACACCUCACCUCCAUACCGUUACUUCACUAUAAACACACAGCCCGAACCUUCUCAUCUCGCUACAAGACCUCAAUCGACAAGUUUUCAUCCAACCGUAACCACCACCAACAUCAAACAAACCCUCAUAAUGGCACCCAUCAGAAUCGGCAUCAUCGGCCUCUCCUCAACCGCAACAACAGCCUGGGCCUCAAGCGCCCACCUCCCCUACCUCCUCUCUCCGCGCGGCCGCUCCAAAUACACAAUCACAGCCCUCUGCAACUCGAGCGUCGAAGCCGCCCAGCGCGCAGUGAAAGCCUAUAACCUCCCCUCCUCCACUAAGGCCUACGGCAGCCCCGCCGACCUGGCCGCGGACCCGGACGUGGACCUCGUCGUCGUCUCGACGCGGGUCGAUCAGCACUACGACACGGCUCUUUCCAGCGUCGAGGCGGGUAAGAGUGUGUACGUCGAGUGGCCUCUCGCGCAGGACGCGAAGCGCGCGGGGGAGCUGGCGGAUGCGGCGAGGAGGAGCGGGGCGAGGACGGUGGUGGGUGUCCAGGGAAGAUUUGCGCCGUCGCUGUUGAAGGUCAAAGAGAUCUUGGAGGAGGGGAGGAUUGGAAAGGUGUUGAGUAGUGAGGUGAGGGCGGCGGGUGGUUCGUUGGAUCGGAAUGUUUUGCCGGCUGGGUUGAAGUACUUCACUCAGCGCGAGAUUGGAGGGAAUGUGAUCACCAUCGGUUUUGGUCACUUGUUUGACCAGAUCCAGCACGUCCUAGGCGAGGCGACCAUCCAACACUCGCACACCCAAAUCCAACGCCCCGACGUCAAGAUCCGCGACCCGUCAACGAAGCAAAUCGUCGAGACAGUCCCAAGCAACGUGCCCGACCUCCUCGUCGCAACAGCGACCCUCCCACCCUCAAACCUCGUUUCCGCCCAAGGCGCCACGCUCCUCGCGCGGUUCCGACGGGGUCAGCCCUUCGGCGGCGAGCCGCAGCUCUCGUGGACCGUCAACGGCGAAAAGGGCGAGAUCCGUCUCACGUCGCAGAACAGCGUCGCGCUGCAGGCCUUUGCGGACGUGGACGGUGUCAAGAUUGAGGUUCAAGACUUUGAGAGCGGCGAGGUGGAGAGUGUGCCGUGGGCGUGGGAGGAGGGGUGGCAGGCGGAGUUGCCUGUGCCGGCGAGAUGUGUCGGGGCGGUUUAUGAGGCUUUUGCGGAGGGUGAGAGUUUGCCUAGUUUUGAGGAUGCUGUGAGGCGGCAUGAGCAGGUUGAUGGGAUUCUCUACAAGUCUGGAAUGAGUUCGAUCCUUACAUCCGUAAUCACCAUGAACACAUCACCAAUCUACUUUUGGCGGGAAACGGGGCAUGAAGGCUACCUCUCCCAAUGGUGGACCUCCAACCCCUUCACCCAAUCUCCCUCUCCCUCUUCAUCCUCAUCCUCGUCCCCAUCCUCAUCUUCAACCCCCUCCACAUCCAUAACAUUCAAAACAGCAGAACACUACAUGAUGCACGCCAAAGCCCUCCUCUUCACCGACCCCGCCGUCGCCCUAUCCAUCCUCAAAGCAGACCACCCGCGCAAAGUCAAAGCCCUCGGCCGCAAAGUGCGCAACUUCAACGAAGCGCUGUGGAACGAGAACAGAGAGCGCAUCGUCCGCGAGGGCAAUCUCCUGAAGUUCCGGUCCGCGCCAGAGUUGCGGAAGAAGUUGCUGGCGACGGGGGAUAGGGAGCUGGUGGAGGCGAGUCCGAUGGAUCGGAUCUGGGGGAUCGGGUUCUCGCCGGAUAAGGCACCGGGUUCGGAUCGGGGACGGUGGGGGUUGAAUUUGCUGGGUAAGAUUUUGAUGGAGGUUCGGACGGUGUUGAGAGAGGAGGCAGAGGUGGAGGAGGAGAGGAAGGGGAGGAAGAGGGAAGUUGUCGAGGCUGAAGCGAAGAGGAGGCGGAGUUCUGAAGAAGGUGAAGGGAGUCAAGUUGUAGACGAAGGGGCUGUUAAGAAGUUGAGACGAGGAGAGGAAGAUGCAGGAUCCGUCAAGACGGCAAAUGACACGGCUAAAGGGGGAUAG